UCGUUUCUUCCUCUUUCGAUGUGCCGACAUGAAUUGUAGCUCGCAUUCGCAAAGAGAGGGGCGCUGCUCCACGCACGCACGCGCGGCGCCAUCAGGUAGCUGGGGUGGCGCGUGUGCGACGUUGUAUGCCUGCUCGUAUGUUGCCGUCCUUCGCAGCGCAUUGCAUAUCCACCUGUUUGCUGCAUCUGCCCUUUGCGUGUUGCGUGUUGCGUGUCCGGGGUGCAUGUUCGGGUGCGUGGUUCAUGCUGGACAGACCGACAGGGGACUUGGCCGUCAGGCCGCCUAGGGUGCUCCCUGAAACCGCUGCAAAGAGAGGGGAUUCCGUAGUUUUUCACCCUUGUUCGCCCUUCCGUCUGCCCAUUUCGCUUGUCAAUUGACCCUGCUCAACGUUCCCUCUCUAUAAGUCCGCUUGCCCACCCCCCUCGUUUCGUAGUUUGAGUUGACGACUGCCGGUGAUGGCGUGGGCGUUUAACGCCGUCCUUCCCUUCUUCGUGUUGGUGUCGGGGUCGACGAUCGCCGUCAUUCAUCCCCUUUACCACAGCCGAAAGGUCAAUCGCGACACCCCCGAUUUCCCAGCCGACGAGUGGGAGAAGGAGGUGAAGGGCAUCAUCAUAGAAGCGAUGUGGGCGGCGUUGCCUGAGGACGUGCGAAACGACACCAGCAGCAGCAAGGACAAGAAGAAGAAGCGGAAGAGCAACAAGGGCAUAAUGGCGGCACAGAACGACAAGUGCAUCAUCGACGGAUGCGACAAGGGGGUGAAACCAGCGAACAAGGUGUGUCGUGUCUGCCACAAAAUGGUGUGCAGUCCGCACGGCAACGCUGACGAGUGGGAGGGCAACAAGGUGGUGCAGAUGGUUUUGGACGUGUGCGACGACAACCACUGGUUGAUGAGAGCCAAGUUCAUCUGCGUCAAAUGCAUCCUGCCGAAGUUCAUCCAGGUGCGGAGGCGAGAGGAGAAAGGGCAUAAAAUGUGUCUGUGCAUGUGUGCAUGUGUGUGUGUGUGUGUGUGUGAUGUCAGAAGUUGAGCAGCAACCAGGGCAAGAACGCCGCCGACCACCGAUGCCCUAUGGCCAAGGACAUGAAGGACUUGAUCGCCGAGUAUGCUCCCCAGUACGCCGACAACAACAACGGAGGCGACCCCAUGAACAUCAAGUAAUGAGUUAGUGUGCCAUAGUGUACAGGGAGGAAGGAGGGAAAGAGAGAGGGGCAGUAUGUCGGUCGGUCGGUCGCUCUGUAUCUCUCGCUUGCGUAUCUGUCCGUCCGUAUGUAUUUGUGCAUAUCGCUUGCGUGUGUUGAUAAAUGAUGUGCGUAAUGUUGGGGGGGCAGGGACACACACACAAGUAGGGAGCGACGCACACACACGGGGAGGAACGCAGAUACAUACGUCACUUUUUGCCAUCUGACGUCACUUUUGCUAUCGUUGAAUGAGUAAGCACCAGUUUUGACACGGACAGAAGCAACAGACGGACGCAUGCAUUGAAAGUUAACGCACACACGCAACAGACGAACACGGUGGAAGUCAGAGUCGAC